UGAAGAUGGGUGUCAGCUUUGCAGCACCUGGACUCAUCCUUCUUCUUACUGCAUGUUCGUUGGCAGUCAGUGAGACUGACACCAUUGUGGUUGGAGGGUCCGAGAACUGGCGCUACGGCUUCAACUACACCGGUUGGUCUCUCCAGCAUGGCCCAUUCUACAUAAAUGAUAAGCUAGUGUUUAAGUAUAAUCCACCAAGCAAGAACAACUCACGGCAUAGCGUAUACUUGCUACCAAACCUUUGGAGCUUUGCAACUUGCGACUUCAGUCAAGCGAAGCUGUUGGCUAAUCCGCAGCAAGGUGGUGGGAAGGGGUUUGUGUUUGAGCUCACAAACUGGAGGCCUCACUAUUUUGCUUCAGGAGAGGAAGAUGGUUCCCAAUGCGAAGAUGGGCAGAUGAAAUUCUUUGCUGUGCCUCUGCCUCGCUGGGGAAAAUGAUGAUAGAUUUCAACAACGCAAGGGAUGGCACAGUGGCCGCAUGCUUCCCGUUUUCGUUUAUACGUGUCUACAACUUUUGCUUGCUUAUUGAGAAUAAUGGAAUCAUUUGGGAUGUGGAUCCAAUUGAUCAUAAAUAAUCAGAGAUUUUUCUCUUCUGCUUCUGAUGGCGUAUUAGUGUGAGAAAUAUGUCAAAAGGAUGUGUUGUUGAUUUCUAAUAUGGAAUAAACCAGUUUGUGUUGUGUUAAGUAAA